GCAGCAGGUGCGCGACCAGGACCGCCGCCCGCCCGCCGCGCUCGUCGGGAUCGUCGUGCAGCCCCGGCGCGACGAGGCAGCCGAGGCGCGCCGCCGCAUGGAGACCCUGCUCUGCAGCGCCUUCGCCCCGCACAGCGCCUCCGUGGAGGUGCACACGGCCGUGUUCUGCCCCAGCCGCCCCGAGGGCACCCUGGACCUCCAGCUCGCCGCCAGCGGAGCGCACAAGGGCGCGUCGCCGGGCUGUGUCCCCUUAGUGGAUCGGGCGACCCAGACGAUGGGGGUAUGUGAAAACCAGUGACAGAGCGGGCCUCACAGCCAGGGUGUCUUAAAGGGGAACAGCGCACAGGGACCUAGGAACACACCAGCAAGCAGGUGCCUGAAGGAGGCGCUCGGGGGGCAGAAUCGUGGGCGUCCAAGUUUCCACAGGCCCCGAGGCCAGCGUUCACCAGGUGCCCAGGUCCGUGAGGGGCACGGCAGCUCCCCUCCACCCAUCCCCAGGAGCCGAGGAGGAGGGAGGACAGCAGGGUGGUGUCGGCAGAGAAGACUGUCCCCAGCACCCUGCCGUGGGAGCCACCCUGGCUUUUGUGACCUCACAGGAGGGGUGUGGGUGACCGUUCCCUGUGGGCCCUGGGCUCAGAGGGAUGCCAGAGCCCCCCCGCAGGGCAGGGGCACACGGCCCCUCGGGGAGGGAGCCAGGAGGUUAGGCAGCUCCAUGUAGGUGCACAUUUAGGUGAGGAGGACCCGCCAUGAAGAAGGGCAAGAGGCAGAAGUCAGAGGCCAGGCGCCGAGGCUCCACCUCCCAGCGCGCCAGCUCCGAAUCCAGCCCUCAGCAGCAGAGCUCGGAGUCCAGUUCACAGCAGCCCAUCUCCAGAUCCAGCCCGCAGCCGCCCAGCCCCCGGCCCACCUUGCAGCCGUCCAGCCGGGGACCCACCCCGCAGCCAACCAGCUCUGGAGUCACCUCACAGCCCAGCAGUGAAUCCACCGCCCCGCAGCCUGUGCCCCAGGCUCUCCCGGCUCCCGAACUCGGACGCUCGGCUCGGGGCGUCGUGUCUCCGGACACUGACACAAAAGCAUCCCCUCGAUCCAGGAAAACAGCAGGGCCUGUGACGCCAGCGGGCCCGCGCCCCUUCUGUUCCUGUUCCGCUUGCCCUGGCAGCUCUGCUUGCUGGCGCCGUCUGGGCCUGUGCCAUAGCCGCAUCUUCGAUGUCCUUCUGCCCCGGGCCUGGCCGACCAUGCCAGGGAGAAGAUUCCCAAACUUCCUCACCUUCUACAGAAGACCUGCAAGCAAACAUUCCACUCAUCGUAAUUCGCGUGCUCCGAGCCCUCGGGACUGUUGCUGUGGCUCUGGGAGCCCUGGGAACUGCCUACUACAUCACUGAAUCCUUGUGAACAAGUCCCCAGGCCUGCGGUCCAGCAGAUCCAGUUUUCCAUCAAGGAUCUCUCUUGUCACCAAAAUAGAACAAAACAGAACAAAACAAAA